AUCUGUAGGUGAACCACAAUGUUUUAUCCAAGCAACCCAAAAUGCAGGGUUUACAAAAGCGCUCCUCUUUUACCGGACAAUGGGUUCAAGCAGCAGUAUCCUAUUGGCACGGGCAAGAACUAGGCGCUUCAAAGCGCGCGCUGGAUACAUUUCCACGCGCAUUUGUGGAGUAGUGCCUAACAAUAACGCGCUCUGGUUUAGCGAGAUUGUGUGCGGUGAGAGGAAGGACAUUAACUUGUAAAGGCAUCACAGAAACGGAGUUCUACAUCUGAAUGGGAGUAAAUAUUCAAUGUACCAUGCGCUGUCUCUCGUGCACCCACACCCUCUCACUGUUGCUGUGCGUCCUCGCGUUGACUCCCGCGACACUGGAGGCGGGGCCGGAGACGCUGUGCGGGGCGGAGCUUGUAGACACGCUGCAGUUUGUGUGUGGAGACAGGGGGUUUUAUUUCAGCAAACCAACAGGAUAUGGGCCUAGUUCAAGACGAUCGCACAACCGUGGCAUCGUGGACGAAUGCUGCUUUCAGAGUUGUGAGCUGAGGCGCCUCGAGAUGUAUUGUGCGCCUGUAAAGCCCGGAAAAAGUCCACGAUCCCUAAGAGCGCAACGGCAUACAGAUACUCCAAAGACACCAAAGAAACCUUCCUCUGGACAUAGCCACUCUUCCUGUAAGGAGGUUCAUCAGAAGAACUCGAGCAGAGGAAACCCAGGGGGCAGAAACUAUCGAAGUUAGAGGACAGUAAGGCGAAUGGCUGAGAGAGACAAGUGAAACUGUUGGACAGCGGGAAAUAGGAUGAAAAAAAGACUGUGGUCUUCCAUGGAUGUGCUCCACUGUAAAAAAAAAACUAACAAAAAAACGAAAUACUAAAAAAAUAUAUAAAAAAUAAAACCCAACAGGAUACUGGAUACUGUUAAAGCCCCAUGUUAAGACAAACACAAUCUGAUGAUUUCCAUACACUGCUCCAUUCCAUACUGGGGGAAAAUCAUAAAUUAGCUGCUAAAAAAGUCAAAUGAUAACUGUUUAUCCUCCUUGUGUGAACGGUUGCAUGUAAUGGAUGCCGAAAGCUUUUUAUAGUGGUAAAAAACAACAUUUUUGCAGGCACAAGAGAGGCACGAGAAAGGAGUUCGCAGUGAGAUCACGGACCGCGUUGACAAGAAAGGCUGUCUACAGUUUAUACCAGAUGGAACCCUUGUAAAACUGAACUACGGCUGCACAGAGAGAUGCCAUAAAAUACAAAUCAAUCUU